UCGAGUUGGCCGAGAGCUAUAAGAAAUCGCCUCCUCGCCCUCUCUGCUGCUGCCAGCCUAGCUUUCCCCCAGCAUAAUUUAACCCAGAUUGCAAUGCAAUUCUGCUCUCUGCUGCUGAUUCCUAACAGGACUCGACACAUUGCAUUGAUCUGAUCUGAUCACGAUUUUUGUGACAAAAUCCUAUUACCAAUUAGUUAUUACCAAGUAAGGAGACAAGUUAUUAGUAAAGGUCCGUUUUAGGUAUGUUUCUUUUGGGCAGCUCAAAUUUUUAGGUUCAAAAUACAGAUUUUUUUAGGGAGGAGACAGGGUUGUACUUUUUUUUGAAAAAGAAUUGAAUAAAUCAAUGUGGUUGUGGUCAGAGUUUGACCGUCAGCAGAGCCUCGAAGGAAUGAUUGUAAUUUCGAAAAUUCAGUAUUAAUUCGUGUAUUGCUGGUGAAAUUUGGAGACUUAUUGAGUAAUUGAUUUGGUAACUUCUGUUGAAAUCCCAAAAUCUUCCGCCAGCCUGGGAGGAGGAUGAAGGGGGUCGAGUUGCCUUGUCUGUGAUGUGCACCCCUUCGAUCGGCAAUCAGUUUAUGGAUGCUGCCUUUACUUAUGCUCAAGAAGCCCUGCGGGCAGGCGAAGUCCCCAUUGGGUGCGUUUUUGUCCUCGACUCUCAAGUAAUUGGUGGAGGACGAAAUAUUGUGAAUGAGAGGAAGAAUGCAACACGCCACGCCGAGCUAGUCGCUGUCGACCAGGUUUUGGAGUGGUCCCUGGCCAACAACGGUGAAGGUGGUGGUGGUUCCGUUCAAGAAAUAUUUUCAAAGUGUCACCUCUACGUCACGGUGGAACCAUGUAUCAUGUGUGCGUCCGCCCUUGAGCAGCUCAAAGUCCCUCUCAUCGUGUAUGGAGCUGACAAUGAACGUUUCGGCGGUUGUAAAUCUGUCCUCAACGUAUUCAAUUUAGAAGGUGCUUUCACGCCCACGGUCGUGUCCGGAGUAAGAGCUGAGGAAGCUAUCGAUCUUUUGAAACAAUUUUAUCAGGGUGAAAACCCAAAUGUGCCUCUUCCCAGGCAAACAAAUAACUAACCCUCCUUAUUGUCCUGUGUCGUCAACAAUAUGAAUUAUUAUGCUGCACUCUUCUCGCCAGCAGAUAACUCCUUCACGACAGAGUUCAAGUAAAAUAUUCUCACCCACUACGCCCACCACCGUCACAACGCCCAUCCACAAAAUAGAAUCUCUGACGACGACGAUAACGGCGACAACCAAAUCCCCCCAUAAUGAUGCCUUAGUAAGGGUGGUACACCCAAAUUGUGAUCAAUCCUCGACUCCAGGAAGUAGUACUUCAUCUGGGGUCGGUAAUUCCACUGGUGGUCGGGGUAGGACGAAAGAACAUUAUUCCAGGGAUAGUAAAAGUGCCUCCAAAAAUUUGUCCACGGACUUCCAGUCAUUAAAACUUGAGUCAAUGUCAACGGCUGAGGGUUAUGGUGCUGCUUCGAAAACACUUGCCUCAACCUUACAACAGAAUAUUUUGUACGGAAAACAGUACGCAAAUAAUUCGAGUGGUUCAUUGGUCGACUACAAUGACUCCGACUCUGAAUCAACGUCGUCGUCUGGAGAUGAGAGGGAGUUGACUCAUACGAUAUUUCAAGAACAAGUCAAAUUUUUUUGCCAAAUGAAAGACUUUUUACUGUCUCAACAAAUGGCUUUACGGCAGCAACUAGAAGCAUUAAAUUUUAAGAUGGCGAAGAAAAGGAGACCACAAACUCGUCGACAACGUCAGAUGGCUUCCUCCUCAAACACAUUGCAUAUUCCAAACGUAUCAUCCCCUCAUCACAAACCAGAAGUUGUGCCUGACUCUUCCGAGCCGGAUAUUCCUCAAGAUAACGUUCCACAUUUCUUUAGCUGCUCCUCCACUGACAGAAGUGGUUUCAACUUCCAAGCGUGUCCAAUAUGUGGAAUAGAAUUUGAUACUCAAGAAAAUGCAGACGCCUUGGAGGAACACGUCGUUACUGGACAUUGGUGUUAAUUAGUUCAUUAAUAUAGUGAUUAUUAUUAUGAUUAUAUACAGAUUUGACUGCACACUACACAGUCGGUCACGUUUGCUGUAAAGCAGGGAACUUUGUCCAUUGUUUUUUUUAAAGAAUAUACAACUGAAUGUCCUUGGAUUCAGAAUUAUCAAAGAAUAGAAAGAAUGAUAAGAAUUAUCAUUAGCAAAAUUAAUUCAAAUUAUUCCAGUUUUACAGGAAAUUGUGUGGCCAAUGACUAUUCCAGAUUGGAUAAUUGCUGUGAUAUUAUCAAAUAUACAUACAUAGAUGUACUAUUAUAUAGAAUUGUUAUGUAAUUGCACGGAAAAGACUCAUAUUUUCUACAAUUUAAUUUUUAUCAACAAGAUAAUGAUGCAGUAUAAGUGACAAUAAGUUUUGCACUUAUUUCAAAUCUAUUAUUGUAACUAAAACAAACCAACAAUUUCUGCAAAGAAAAAACCAUUCCGAUCUAUCCUUUCAUUCAUUGUUAAUAUUUAAUAAGCAAAUAUUUUUAUUUGUUUUAAAAUCACUUAUGUAAUCUUUAAAACUAUGAUGCAAACAAAUCAAAUGUCCAUCUUUCAUUCUGGACUGAAAUAGUAAUGAAAAUAAACAAAAUAAGAACACGUUUUUAUUAAUUUACA